AUGGAUAGGUGGCUAAAUAUAGCAACAGACAAUAAAUCUACGUCUGAAAACUGUUCAGUAAGUUCAAAGUUGCAAAGCGCAAGUCAAGAUGUGAAUAAUCCUAUGAAAAUAAGAAAAUGUGUAAGGAAAUAUGAUCCUGAGUACAUUAAUAUUGGAUUCACGGUCAUAAACGUAAGCAAUGAGCCUCGGCCUCAAUGUGUUAUCUGUUUUGAAAUUCUUUCUAACCAAAGUAUGAAACCGUCCUUAUUAAAAUGUCACUUUUCUACAAAACAUUCGACGUUAGAAAACAAACCAAAGGACUAUUUCGUUCGAAAAUUGUCAGAGAUGAAAAGCUCGAAGAAAAUUAUAUCAUAUUUUAGCGGUAGUACUGAAAAAGCAGUGGAAGCAUCUUUCUUAGUGAGCUUAAGAAUAGCGGAGUGUGGAAAACCUCAUACCAUCGGCGAAGAAAUGAUUUUACCGGCGGCAAAAGAUAUGGUAACAUGUAUGUUAGGUGUUCCGUCAGCUAAACAACUUCAUAUGAAAUCACUGUCAAAUGAUACAGUUCGCCGCAGGAUUGAAAGUAUAGCAUUAAACGUUAAAGAAAAAUUAAUUGAUCAAUAUGCUCAACUUAUGGUUUACGUGCGGUAUGUAUUUCAAACUGUAAUUAAAGAGGAUUUUUUAUUUUGUGAAGCACUAUCAACACGAACUACUGCUGACGAAAUAUUUAAAAAGUUAAACCACUUUUUUGUUGAAAAUGGAUUAAACUGGAAAAAGUGUGUUGGCUUCUGUUCUGACGGUGCUCGAGCUAUGAUAGGUAAACAUAGAGGUGUUGCGACUAAAAUAAAAUUGGUUACAGAAAAUUGUACUUUCAUACAUUGCAGCAUCCACAGGGAAGCUUUAGUAGUAAAACGUAUGCCAGAACAAUUUAAACUAGUACUCCAGGAAGCCAUAAAGGUAGUCAAUUUUAUUAAAUCUCGGGCUCUACAUUUUCAAUCGUCUCAAUGUAUUAAAUUAAGUUUACAAGAAUAUUUUAAAGAAGAUUAUUCCGAAUUUUUUUGGAUAAGAAACCCAUUCAUUUUGGAUUUGGAUGAUAUUCUUAAGAUACUAACAAACAAUGAAAAAGAGUCUUUGAUAGAAUUGUCAUGUGAUGAAAGUUUGAAAAUGGAAUUUACUAAAUUAGAAUUGGAUGGGUUUCAAAUGGAUAUAGAAUCCAGUAAUUAUUGUACAUUUAGCAGUACUUUUGGAUGCUACAAAUUUUUGAGAGCUCCAUUUGGAUUAGCUUUUAUACCAGAAAUCUUUCAAAAAUUAACCAAUAAAUACUAUGGGGAUAUAGACAAUGAGACGGUUUAA